UCUAUCAUGAAACAACCUCUAGCUUCUCCUCAGCACCAUUAUCACUGAUGGUCGAUCCAUUCAUUGACCCCAGUGGCUGACCACAAAGGGCUUACAUGUUGCAGAUGAGAUAACAUUAGGGUAAACUUUGGACGUUUGACCCGCGGCUAUAAGUGAGGACUGUCUGCCAUAUGUUUGAAACACAGACUGUAACGUUAGCUCACCCGCAGCGGCACUCCGAGUCCGACCCGUCGCUCUCCUCUAAGGUAGCUGAGAGGAAGGGAAACCUCUUCUAUCAACUUCUUGGACGCCAUGGCCCCACACCCGGUGGUCCAGGCCAUUAUUGACCUCUCCGCGGGAGCCAUAGGGGGGGCUGCAUGUGUCUUCAGUGGGCAACCUCUGGACACAGCAAAGGUCAAGAUGCAGACCUUUCCUAAGAUGUACCGGGGUUUCAUCCACUGCAUCUCGUCCACCUACAAACAAGUGGGCCUGCGAGGCCUCUACCAGGGCACCACGCCGGCACUCAUGGCCAACAUCGCAGAGAACUCUGUGCUCUUCAUGAGCUACGGCUUCUGCCAGCAGGUCAUCCGCUUUAUGGCUGGACUGCACAGUGAGGCUGUGCUGAGUGACACGCACAAAGCCUGUGCUGGCUCCGUAGCAUCCAUCUUCUCCUCGCUAGUACUCUGCCCCACUGAGCUUGUCAAGUGUCGGCUGCAAGCCAUGUAUGAGAUGGAGGCAUCAGGCAAGAUCGCUAAGAGCCAGAACACAGUGUGGUCUGUGGUUAAAUCAAUCAUGAGGAAUGAGGGACCGCAGGGCUUCUUCCAGGGCCUGACCACCACCAUAGCCAGAGAAGUCCCGGGUUACUUCUGCUUCUUCGGUGCCUACGAGCUCAGCCGCACCACCUUUGCGGACCACAUGAAAUGUGAAAAAGACGACAUAGGUGUGGCUCCUAUCGUGUUCAGCGGAGGCUUGGGGGGUGCCUGCCUGUGGCUCGUGGUCUAUCCUAUGGACUGCGUCAAGUCUCGGAUCCAGGUCAUGUCUAUGACGGGCAAACAGGCAGGGUUCUUCAAAACCUUCAUGACCAUUGCUCGUACUGAAGGUGUGAGGGCUCUCUACUCUGGUCUGACCCCCACCAUGGUCCGCACCUUCCCUGCCAAUGGAGCACUGUUCCUGGGUUAUGAGGUCAGCCGGAAGCUCAUGAUGAAGCAGUUUGACUGACGAAAUAUGCACAGCACAAAUGAACGACUGGUGAACUGGGAGUGAACUAUAGCCAUAUAACCUCAUCCAAACUCCAGUUGAAGCGUUGAAGCUUAUUAUGUGUGGGAUGUGGUUUUUACCAUUUCCUGCUUUUGUUAAAAGUACCUAAAACUGCCACACUCCAUCUCUCUCAGUAUUUACAUCGUUUAAAAUAUAGAUAAAAUGUAUUUUCUAGAUUUAAAGAUUUAAAUAUCAUUUGUUUUUAACACUCCAACAACACUACUGCUGACUUGAAACGUAAACACGUAUAUGAGGAAGAUAUAUGUGUAGCACAAUAUUGAGCAAUCUUAUUCAGCCUCCAGUUUAUUGUUUUGGGUCUACCUCAACAAAGUUGUAUGUGCACAGAAAUGCAAUUUUCUGCCAGUUAUUUCAAAUCAUUCUUUACUUACAUGUGUAAGGAAAUGCUCCGUUAGAUUAAGAGGUUGUCUUGAUGCACAAAACCUUGUUUUAGCUCACUACACAAAGAUUUUAUUUAAAAAAGGCAUAUAUUAAUUCAUUUAAGCUGUCUAUAAUUUUCAAUUAAGGAAUCGUUCUCAGUCUCAGUUUUCUGAUCAAAUCUUUGUAUAUUUAGCUAAAGUGACAUUCUGGUAGCAUAUAUGCUAAAACAUUUGCUUACUUUUCAGGCUUACAGGUUUCAUCUGACACAGUCAGCAGGUGUUUUUGAAUUUGAGCCUAAUCUUAUUCUAUCGUACUGUUUUUGUAUUGACAUGUUUUAUUCCACCCCUGUUGUGAUUACGUUUCCAUUCUUUUGGGACUCAGCAUCUGCCUUUUAAUUCACCACAUUUUGCCUUUUUGUUGUGUAACCUUUAUUGUUCUGUACAAGUCAAUGAGAAAAUAACAGAUGCCUCAUCAAAUGUGCCAUUUGCACACUUUAUCCACGUGCAGGGUUUUUUCCCAGUGUGCUUAGUAGUUGGCAUUUCAGAAAUCUCAGUCAUAUUCCUUUAAUGUUCAUUGAGAAAUAUAGGUAUUUUAAAAUGCUAAUUGUUUGAGAUGACAUUGAAAUGUUUGUACAGAUAUCAAUCCUGAUAUUCCCUGUAGUAAUACAAUCUACAUUAAAGGUGUCAUUGAAGUACAA